AUGAUCAUCAUUCAGAUUGACAAUUCGUCAAGUGAAAAAAGAUUGGUGGUGAUAACUAAUGAUUUUCAAGGCAAAAAAAGAUCACUUAAAGGUGAAGUAAUUGGAAUUUGGCCUGACGAUGACAUAGUCUUCUUUCCUGACAAACUGGCUGACUUGAAGGGCAAAGAAUUGUAUUCUUCAGUGGUUCAUUACCCUCCAUACGUCCUUGCUCAAGAUCCAGUAGAUGGAGUGGAAGUCAGACCACAAUUGGAAUUCUGUCGAGUACAUAAUUGCUCUCUCAAGAUUAGAACUAGUAAAUACUUGUGGGGUGAUAUAUGGCCUAAUGGAAGUGGGAAUGGUAUAUUUGGAGAAGUUUUUCUUGAUCAAUCUGACUUUGGAGUUGGUGGAUUAUACACCUGGCUUGAAGCAUAUCAGUAUUUGGAUUAUAGUACUCCAUACGGGAUAGGCCGUAUCAAUGUCCUCGUGCCAAAACCAACAAGAGUCGAUGAAUGGAAGACAGUUUUUAUGCCAUUUUCGUCAGCUAUGUGGUCAAUCUUAGUAUUUUCUAUCUUAGCUGCUGCAACCAUGAUGCACUGUGCAAAUAUAGUGGCCGGGACGAUAAGUGAUGAACUUAUCCUUGGAGGAGAAUUCGAAUCUUGGGUUGGAACAUUUUUCCGUGCCAUUGGAAUGUCUUUACUGCAAGCACCUCCAACUGUUUUAGCAGCUUCACCGUUACGAAGGUUUUUCACCAUAUUUGAAGUUCUUUUUCUUUUGUUCACCACUAUUUAUGCUGGAGCCAUCGCUUCUGUGCUCACAAUUCCAAAGUAA